CUGCGCAUGCUCGGUGGCCGCUUUCCCCUUUGACCUCACCGGGCCGGUAGAGACGCGUGUGUCGAGGCCUUGCCGCUUGUUCUAGGCCCGAGAGAAACACCGAGUGUGAAACCAGGAGUUGCAGUCAUGAGCGUCAUCGAGCAGAUGAGAGCCAAUGUGGGCAAGCUGCUGAAAGGCAUCGACCGGUAUAACCCUGAGAAUCUAUCAACACUGGAACGUUAUGUGGAGACGCAGGCCAGAGAGAAUGCCUAUGAUCUGGAAGCCAAUCUGGCAGUUCUUAAACUGUAUCAGUUCAAUCCUGCUUUCUUCCAGACCACUGUCACAGCGCAGAUCUUAUUGAAAGCACUGACGAAUCUGCCACACACUGAUUUUACGCUCUGCAAAUGUAUGAUUGACCAGGCACAUCAGGAAGAACGACCAAUCCAGCAGAUCCUGAAUCUCGGUGAUCUGCUAGAGACCUGCCACUUCCAGGAUUUCUGGCGCAACCUGGAAGAAAACUCUGAGCUGAUCGAUGGAAUAACAAGCUUUGAAGAUUCAGUGCGAAAAUUUAUCUGUCAUGUCGUUGGAAUCACUUAUCAAACAAUUGAGAAGUGGCUGCUGGCUGAAAUGUUGGGAGAUCUGACAGAUAUGCAGCUGCAAGUUUGGAUGAGUAAGUACGGCUGGAUUGAGGCUGAACCAGAUAAAAUCUUCAUUUGCAACCAAGAAGAAAGUAUCAAGCCCAAAAACAUUGUGGAAAAGAUAGAUUUUGACAGUGUAGCUAGCAUCAUGGCAUCAUCGCAGUGAACACCUCCAUUGUAGAAUCCCAGCUGUUUUCUGACCAAAAUGCUCUUCCUGUGAUUCUUGUACAAUUAAAGUAAUUUCAAAAAAGU